CUUCUCAAUUUUCAAUUUUGCAUAUUUUCCUUUUGAAUUUUCCCCUCCAAAAUUACCCUAAACCCUUAAUCUUCUUCAAUAAUACUUCUUCGUCUUUGAAUUCUCACUCUCAUCAAAACUAAGUCCCCUCGAAAUUUUCUGGGUCGUUUCGGUUCCUUGUUUCUUCACGAAACAGGAGGUUAAAAUUCCCCAAAUUUUAUCUUUUCUUCUCGAAAUUUCCCCAUGGCUGGCUUCGUAGAAGAGAGCGUACAAUGAUUGGGUUAUUGGUGUUCCGUUUCAAUUGUAUGGAGUUUGCGAAAUGCCCGAGCUUCGAAGAGGAGUCUGUAGAUGCCGCGCCGCGUUAGCCCAGCGGCAAGAGCCAAAGCGGACGACGCGGAGGAAUCCGGGUCGGAAACGUGCAGCCGAGGUAGGUAGGCCGAGGACUAAGUUGGCGGCGAAAAGGCUGAAGGAGGAGGAUCGGUUUCAGGUGGUGGUAGCUGCGACCGGGGGAGAGGAGGAGGUGAUUUUGAUCUAUGAGAGAGAGGAGUUGGUAAAAGUUGAUAAAGGCAAGGAAGCCGGGAUGGGGGACGAUAGCGGUGGGUUGAGUGCUAACAAGGCUGCUGGACAAGAAGAGGGGAGUACUGCUCCUUUUCCAGAGGGGGUUCAAGUUGGUGGAUCUCCUAUGUACAAAAUAGAAAGAAAACUUGGUAAAGGUGAAUUUGGACAGGUGUUUGUUGGACGACAUGUUAGUGGUGGAAACGAGCGUUCAACUGGAUCCACAGCCAUGGAGGUAGCUCUGAAAUUCGAGCAUAGAAACAGCAAAGGAUGUAAUUAUGGUCCUCCAUAUGAAUGGCAAGUUUACAAUGCUCUUGGUGGUAGUCAUGGAGUUCCCAGAGUACAUUACAAAGGAAAGCAAGGAGACUAUUAUGUGAUGGUUAUGGACAUAUUAGGGCCCAGCUUAUGGGAUGUUUGGAAUUCUUCAGGGCAAGCGAUGUCGGCAGAAAUGAUAGCCUGUAUAGCAGUUGAGUCCCUAUCAAUACUAGAGAAGAUUCACUCCAAAGGAUAUGUGCAUGGGGAUGUUAAGCCCGAGAACUUUCUCCUGGGUCAACCAGCUACAUCACAAGAGAAGAAAUUGUUUCUUGUCGACCUUGGACUAGCGACAAAGUGGAGAGAAAGCAGCAGCGGGCUCCAUGUUGAUUAUGAUCAACGUCCCGAUAUGUUUAGAGGAACUGUUCGGUAUGCAAGUGUUCAUGCGCAUUUGGGAAGAACUGCCGGCAGAAGAGAUGAUCUUGAGUCUCUUGCAUAUACUCUCAUAUUCCUGCAUCGAGGUCGAUUACCAUGGCAAGGCUAUCAGGGUGACAAUAAAUCGUUCUUAGUCUGCAAAAAGAAAAUGGCUACAUCUCCUGAAAUGCUGUGCUGCUUCUGUCCGCCACCACUAAAACAAUUUCUUGAAACUGUGGUGAAUAUGAAAUUUGACGCGGAGCCGAACUACUCCAAAUUAAUAUCCUUAUUUGAGGGUUUAAUAGGACCAAAUCCAGCUAUAAGGCCAAUAAACACCGAUGGUCCUCAAAAGAUUAUUUAUCAAGUAGGCCAAAAGCAAGGUAGGUUGAAUAUUGACGAAGAAGAUGAUCAACCCACGAAGAAGGUUCGUGUUGGUGUUCCUACUACACAGUGGAUUUCAGUCUACAAUGCAAGACCUCCAAUGAAGCAGAGGUAUCAUUACAAUGUCACUGAUGCAAGGUUGGCUCAACAUGUGGAGAAAGGAAUAGCAGAUGGUUUGCUAAUAAGCUGUGUGGCAUCUUGCUCCAAUCUUUGGGCAUUAAUUAUGGAUGCCGGGACUGGUUUUACUAGCCAAGGUUAUGAGCUUUCGCCUUCCUUCUUACAUAAGGAAUGGAUCAUGGAUCAGUGGGAGAAAAAUUAUUACAUCAGUUCUAUUGCUGGUUCAAACAGUGGAAUCUCCCUUGUUGUCAUGUCCAAAGGUACCCAAUACACUCAACAAUCAUAUAAAGUGAGUGAAUCUUUCCCUUUCAAGUGGAUACACAAAAAGUGGAAAGAGGGUUUUUCUGUCACCUCGAUGACAACAGCCGGGAGCCGAUGGGGUGUCGUAAUGUCUCGCAAUGCAGGCUUCAGUGAUCAGGUUGUGGAACUUGAUUUCCUCUAUCCAAAUGAAGGAAUCCGCAGAUGUUGGGAUAGUGGCUUCAGGAUCACAUCGGCAGCUGCAACUUCGGAUCAAGCCGCUCUAAUUUUGAGCAUCCCGAAGCGGAAACCCGGCGACGAAACUCAAGAAACUUCACGCACAUCUCAAUUUCCCAGCACACAUGUUAUGGAAAAAUGGGCAAAAAAUCUCUAUCUUGCUUGUCUAUGCUAUGGAAGGACUGUAUCAUGAAACCUAUGUGUAU